AUGCAGGACCGCAAUUUUUUGAGCUAAUCUGAGUUUUAAAAUCAUGUCAAAGAACUUUCUGAUAUGACAUUAUAUCAAUUUUUUUUGUCAUUCACUUUCAUGAUUUAAAGGAAAUAGUUUCAAUUUAUUUUUUGACAUUAUAUGACUAAUUAGAUUUUUUUAAAUUUUGAAUUAUUCGCUAAAGAUAUACAAGAAUGAAUAACGAUUUAAGAGUAGCGGUGGUUUGUUCUAGUAACCAAAACAGAAGCAUGGAAGCUCAUGCAUUUCUUAGUAAGAAAGGUUUUAAAGUCCGAUCAUUUGGUUCUGGAAAUCAAGUAAAAUUACCUGGACCUGCUCCUGAUAAGCCUAAUGUUUAUGAUUUUAGUAUUUCUUAUGAACAAAUGUAUCAAGAUCUCUUAGCCAAAGACAAAGCUUUAUACACACAGAAUGGUCUGCUUCAUAUGCUGGAUCGCAACAGAAGAAUAAAAUCCCAUCCAGAAAGGUUUCAAUCUUGCUAUGAAAUAUUUGAUGUCAUUUUCACUGUAGAAGAACGUGUUUAUGAUCAAGUUGUAGAAGAACUUGCUAGUCGAUCUCCAAGAGAACUGUCUCCUGUACAUAUUAUAAAUAUUGACGUUCAAGAUAAUCAUGAAGAAGCUACCAUUGGUGCUUUUUUAGUUUGUGAAAUGGCAACUAUGAUGGCAGAAUCUGAAGAUCUUGAUAAUGAUAUUGACGAAUUACUUCAAGAAUUUGAAUCUAAAGCACAAAGACCUAUACUACAUACAGUGCAAUUUUAUUAAUUAAAAUUAAUUUUAUAUCUAUUUUUACUAGAGAAGCAGUAUUAUACAAUAUCAAUUUUUUUUCUAAAAUUUUUUUAUUGACCACAAUUACAUAUUUAGAUUUAAAUAAGCUAAUAAUAUAUAAAUUUAUUCUGAGUAAAUUAGAUGCACUCCUUAAUUUUUGAAUUUUUUUAACCUAAAAAAAACAUAAAUGUAGAAUUUGAUUUAUUUAAAUUAUCUGAAGAAAUGGGUAGAAGAGAGAUGAAAUCAUUAGUAAUGUCAACAUUUAUUGAAUGUUUUUUCUUAUAAUAAUUUAUUAUUUUUUAUGUAAGAUAUUUUCCCUGUUCAAAACACUGAUUUUUUUAAAUGAUAAAUGCUUUCAAUCUUGAGUAAAGGAAAUUUUUUUCAUAUAUUGCUUGCUGAGACAUUUCUUAAAUUUUUCUUUCCAUCACAAAUUACGAUAUGUGUACCUUGAUAUUCUUACUCAUUUUUUCUUUAACUUUUUACACAGUAAAUUAUGUAGAUUUAAAUUUUACCUCUAAACAAGAAAAUGGAAUUCUUCAAUUUGUGUUGAAAAUUUUAUUUGCUUCAUUGGUGCUGCAUUUUAGACUAUAUUUAAGUCACCUCAUCUGAUUAUUUGACUUGAAAAUGAAAUUUAUUAAUGGUAAUAAAUUGAGAAGUAUACCUUCAGUCAAAGCAAAGUUAUAAAAAUGUGCCUAUAUUAAUUAAUUAUU